AUGCAUACCAUUCCAGAAAAUUAUCGAGUGGCAUUAUACAAACAGCAUAUCAAUUUGAUAGAAAAGAUUUUGGGUCCAUUAUUAAAAACCUGUGGUGAUUUUGAUUUACAAGCUUAUGAUUAUUUUGAUUUAUUUUGUCGGCGAGUAUUAAACGAAAUUAAUAAAAUCCAUCAACAAGUUAUCUCAAUAUGUUGCGUUAAGGUUCAAAUUGGUGCUAUUCAAUUAGACGCUCCACAGAUAGGCGAUGGUGCCGAAAGCAGUCAAUUUUGGAUAGAUUUUAAUAUGGGAGCAAAAAGUAUUUAUAUAAUGUACGAUAGCAGUUCAUUUGGUAAUGAAGAUGGAAGUUGGGCUUCCUUAUCAAUACCGAACGACAUAGUUACCGAAAUCUAUUCGAAAAAGUGGCGAAAAUAUAAUCAUUCAGAAGAAUAUGGAAAAUCAUUGUUAAUAUUUACAAAUGGAUCUUUAGAAAUGAAUGAAAAUCAACAUUUAUUUCGUGAAUCACAUCCUGUUAUUUUCAUAAGAUUUAAUCAAACUGAGCAGUAUGAAUAUUUAGAAAAAAACAUUUUAAAACAAAUGUUUGGUAAUCGUUUUAAGAAUAAUCUAUUUAAUUCUAGCGCGGCAAAAAAGUCACCUGAAAAAUUAAUACUUGACAAUUCAAAAAUGAAUCAUUCUCGGAUAAUUCAAUUCACGGAUAAUGAUCAACAAUACUUACCAAUUAAAACCGAUAACAAAAUUGAUCCGCCAAUAAUUUCAUUAAAUACAAAAUCUUAUCAGAAGAGCAUUUUUAAUCUCUCGUCGAUUGAAUCUAAUUCCAAUAUUAAUUCAAGCACUACAUCAGAGAAAAAAUAUCAACAGAAAAGUGUUUUCAACCAAGCCAUGGAACCUAAUUCACCUAUAAAAUUGAUACCUGACAAAUUACAAACAACCAAAUUAAUUCCUGCCAAACUAAUCCAGAGUAAGGAUAAUGAGUCAAAUAAAUCAGAUGUCUCACUGAAAUCGAAUUCAAGAACUACAUCUGAUACAAAAUAUCAGCCGAAAAGUGUUUUCAACCAAGCCAUGGAUCCUAAUUCACCUAAAAAAUUGAUCCCUGACAAAUUGCAAAGAACCAAAUUAAUUCCUUCCAAUCCAAUCCAGGAUAAUUAUCCAAAUAAAUUAGAUCUUUCACUGAUUGACUCGAAUUCUCAAAUUGAUCCUCCAAAAACAUCAAAAACAAAAAUUGCGCCUGUACAAUUGAUGCCUGAUAAAUUAAAAACAACAAAAUCGAUUUCUUCUAAGUUAUUCCAGAAUGAGAAUAAUGAGUCGAAUAAAUUAAUCCUUUCAUCGCAGGAUGGUAUUUUUGAUAAAACUUCGGUACGAAAUUCGCCUACGAUUGAAAGUUUAAAAACUUUUAAAGCCAAUCGUUCACAAAACAUUCAAUUUGAGAAAAGGGAACCGAAUGAUCUCUCACCAAUUGAACCCACUUCAAAAACUUCAUCGAAUAAAACAGUUUUUGAUUAUAAAAUGGCUCACAAAUCAUCUUCAAAAUCGAUUGAUAAAUUUAACAUUCCAAAACCAACUCAAAUUGAACAAAACGUUGCAACAAAUGACUCAAGUUUGAAAGUCGAUACGCAAAAAUCUACUUUAAGUGGAUCUUCUCAAUUGAGUAUAUUUAAUUGUGGCGGAAAGAAAAAUUCUCCUACUCGGAUGAAUAAUUCUCAGAUGAUGUUUGAUUUUACAUUCAGUGAAGAUAUUGUUAUUCGACCUGUUCUGUAUUUUUCGGAACAAGAUCAAAUAAAUAUAGAAGAUUCGAUGAAUAAACUAGAUGUGAGUUAUCAGUAUCUUGUUGAUAGUUUAUCAGAGUCAAGUCAAGGGGAUCAAGAAGAAUCUGAGAAUCAUUUUGACAAAAAGAUAAAGAAGAAGGAGAAACUUUCUUACUAUCCUAAAAUGAAAAACACAGAAGAAGAAACACUUGAAACAGAACUUUCAAUGGGCAGAAGUACUCAAAAAGAAGUAUCUAAUUGUGCAACUGAGUCAUCAAAAUCUGUAUCAGAAGAGCUCAGCCUCAAAACAUUUGCUAAUUCAUCGUUAAAUCUUGGAUCUCAAAGCUUAAGUCAAAGCACGUCAGAUUUAAAAUUUGUUGCGAUAUUUAAGAGCACUCCAAGUGAUGAACAUAAUGUCGAAUCUAAUAUCGAGCCUGUAUCAGAAACAUCUAGUCUUGAAACAGUUUGCAAUUCACUGACAAAUAAUGUAAGACGUCAAAGCUUAAGUCAAAACACAUCAGAUAAAAAAGCUGUCGAAGUAUUUAAGAGCAUUCCAAGUGAUCAACAUAAUGUUGAAUCUAAUUUCGAGCCUGUAUCAGAAAUAUCUAGUCUUGAAACAGUUUGCAAUCCACUGACAAAUAAUGUAAGACGUCAAAGCUUAAGUCAAAAUACAUCAAAUAAAAAAGAUAUCGCAGCAUUUAAGAGCACUCCAAGUGAUCAACAUAAUGUUGAAUCUAAUUUCGAGCCUGUAUCAGAAAUAUCUAGUCUUGAAACAAUUCGUAGUUCAUCUAUAAAAAAUGUUAGACGUCAAAGCUUAGAUCAAAACAUAUCGCAUAAAGAAGCUUUCGCAGUAUUUAAGGACAUUACAAGUAAUCAACAUAAUGUUGAAUCUAAUUUCGAGCCUGUAUCAGAAAUAUCUAGUCUUGAAACAGUUCGCAGAUCACCGAUAAAGAAUCUUAAUCGUCAAAGCUUAGAUCAAAACAUAUCGCAUAAAAAAGCUUUCGCAGUAUUUAAGGACAUUCCAAGUAAUCAACAUAAUGUUGAAUCGAAUUGCGAGACUGUAUCAGAAAUAUUUAGUCUUGAAACAGUUCGCAAUUCAACGAUAAAGAAUCUUAAUCGUCAAAGCUUAGAUCAAAACGUAUCAGAUAAAAAAGCUGUCGCAGCAUUUAAAUGCACUCCAAGUGAUGAACAUAAUGUUGAAUCGAAUUUCGAGCCUGCGUCAGAAAUAUUUAGUCUUGAAACAGUUCGCAAUUCACCGAUAAAGAAUCUUAAUCGUCAAAGUUUAAGUCAAAACAUAUCGCAUAAAAAAGCUUUCGCACUAAUUAAGAGCAUUCCAAGUGAUCAACAUAAUUUUGAAUCGAAUUGCGAGACUGUAUCAGAAAUAUCUAGUCUUGAAACAGUUCGCAGUUCACCUAUAAAGAAUGUUAGACAUCAAAGCUUAGAUCAAAACACACCGCAUAAAAAAGCAUUCGCAGUAUUAAAGGACAUUCCAAGUGAUGAACAUAAUGUUGAAUCGAAUUUCGAGCCUGCGUCAGAAAUAUUUAGUCUUGAAACAGUUCGCAAUUCACCGAUAAAGAAUCUUAGGCGUCAAAGUUUAAGUCAAAACACAUCAGAUAAAAAAGCUUUCGCAGUUUUUAAGGACAUUCCAAGUGAUCAACAUAAUGUUGAAUCGAAUUGCGAGACUGUAUCAGAAAUAUUUAGUCUUGAAACAGUUCGUAGUUCACCGAUAAAGAAUCUCAAUCGUCAAAGUAUAAGUCAAAACAUAUCAGAUGAAAAAGCUUUCGCAGUAUUUAAAAGCACUCCAAGUGAUAAAUCUAAUCAAUUCAAUAAAAAUAUAGAUCACGAUCCCAAUUAUAUAAAAAUUUUAGAUGAUUCAAAUCAAUUAAAUAACAAGCAUCACAAUCAAAGUGAUCCAGAAGUUUUAAAUGAUAAAAUCGAUUUACCAGAUCGGUUAAAUAUAAACAAUCAAAACUUGGAUCACAAUCAAAACGAUUUAGAAAUUUUGGAUAAUAUACUCGUUGAUGAAUUAAAUCAGAAGAAUCAAAAUAUAACACAAGAUUUAAUUCACAAUCAGAAUGAUUUAGAAACUAUAAAUGAUGUAAUCGAUAUACCAAAUAAAAAUCAUCAAAAUGUCUCCGAAAAUCUAGAUAAUGAAAUCAAUACAGAACAAAAUGGUAUUUUAGAUACAUUAAAUGAUACUCAAAAUAAUUCAAGUAAGGUCGAUUGCGAUCGAAGCGAUCGAUCAAUUUUGAAUAUACAAAAAACAUCCAACCCCUAUCUUGAUUUUAUUUCUAAUCGAAAAAUUGGAUCGGAUUCAUCUGUUAAACAAAAUGAACAAUCUACUCCGCAAACAUCGACAAAAAUUGUUUCGAAGAUAAAAGUUAAAAAAUUACAAGAUAUGAUUUAUGCAGAUAAUAAAAAAUCUGAAAACAGAUUGAGAUUAGAUAAUACGCUUCAUGAAACAACAGCUGAUAAACUUUGGAAUGAGUUUAUGGAUAAUAAUACAACGAGAAAUAUUACACCAAGAAAACGACGAUUAUUUUCAAAGGACACGUUCAACGAUGAUUGCAACGAUUCGUUUAAGAGUUUUAGCCAAGAUGAAUCCGAACAAAUCAAACAAAGUUAUUGUGAAUUACUUAAACGAAAUAAUGAAAAAUCAAUUCAAUCAACACCAAAAUACCAAAAACCAAGUAUUCCUAAAGUGAAAAGAUUAGGUUUUGAUAAGAAAAUUACUUUUUCAUAUCGUAGGAAUAGUCUUUUUAGAAAUUAUCAAACAAUUGAAAAGGAAAAAGACGAAAUUUAUAAUAUAAAGUAUAUAAUAGAUGUUACCCCAAUAACGCCCAGAUUUAUUAAUCCAGGUCGUCCAGCACCAUCUGAAUGA